CUAUUUUUUUGGUUGGUAUAAAUGUCAUUUGAUGAUCGAACAAUAAUGCAUUAAGUUAUUGAAACGGUUUUGAGUCAGUUGCAAAAUGAAGUUUGUUUUGGUGAUUAUUGUAGGAAUCUGUUUGUGGAGCUACACACAGGGGUACACUACUGAAGAAUGGGCCGAUCUUGUGAAAACUCUGAGGGCAGAAUGCAGGAAAGAGACUGGAGUCGAAGAUUUAACAAUUCAAAAGGUUUACCAAACUGCUGUGGUGGAUAAAUCGGACAUAAAAUUGCUGAAAUAUAUACAAUGUAUUGCCACAAACGGUGGUUUUGUUGAUGAGGAAGGAAAUAUAAAUGAGGAUGUUCUCACAACACACUUGAAAAAAUUUGGAAUAUCAGAUGAUGUUAUCACUAUAACUUUACAAUCUUGCAUUAAAAAAUCAGAAGAUAUUCAGUUGAGAAUUGUCUAUUAUUAUGAAUGUUAUCGAAAAUAUUUGCCCGAGCGAGUAUUUGCUGUAUGAAGUUGAGAAAUAAAUGAAUAAAAAUC